CCUCUCUUCCGGUCUCCGCCGCACAACAACAAAGAUGUCGGAGGGAGAGAAACGUUCAGACGCGGGGAAACUGGAGUUCUCUCUGGACGUCCCGUUCCCAUCGUCCCGUCAGGCUGCUAUCGCCCUGCGGUCGCUGUCGCCGGACAAAGAGCCAAGAAAGUGCGGAGUCAACAAGAAUCUGAGCGUGAGCGGCGCCAUGAUGUCUGCGAGGUGGAGUGCUGACGAAGCUCGGAUCCUGCGCGUCUCCGUCAACUCAUUUCUGGACCACCUCAAGCUUGUCCUGGAGACCAUGGAGAUGUUUGGGCCCCCUGUUCCUCUCUGAUGAUGUCUCUGGACUGCAGUGGCUGACAUCCCCAGAUAGAAGCAGAAAGUGGAGGGAACGCGGAGGAACUCAACAGGCGUUCAAAAGUUCUGUCACAUUUCACCUUCUUGUUUACUGUCUGAACGUCUUAUGAUUCUCAAAGCUUGUUUUUCAUAAAGUUUAAAAACUCACCUUAAUGUUUUCACUUCAAAAUAAAUUGCGAUUUUUCACACUCCCACAAAA